ACACGGUUGAGAACAAACGAAAGAAAUAGCAGUAAAGAUAAAGAGGGAGAGAGAGAGUGAAAGAGAAGAAAAUACUUUUGCUUUGUGGUUGAUAACCAGAGAAAGAAAAGCAGUGAUUGUCAAAACAAAGAGAGAUAAAAAAAAAAAGAAAGAGAGAGAGAAAUGAAAAAGAAGGUACACACAAAAUAAAUAAGCUACAGGCCAUCUUACCAAGUUUAUAAUCGCAGGAGAAGUGGCAAAGGCAGUAGCAGUGUUUCAAAGGGAGUUGCUUGCAUCAGAGAAAGGGGAAAAAAAGGAAUACAUAUAAUUUCUUACAUAUAAAUAUAAACACUUAUAUAUAUCGAGAGAGACAGGGAGGGAGAGAGACAGAGAGAUGGUGGGCUCAGGAUCAGCAGAUAGGAGCAAAGAAGCUGUUGGGAUGCUGGCCCUUCAUGAGGCACUUAGAAAUGUCUGUCUCAACUCAGACUGGACUUACUCUGUCUUCUGGACCAUCCGUCCUCGCCCGAGAGUGAGGGGUGGUAAUGGUUGCAAGGUUGGAGAUGAUAAUGGCAGCUUGAUGUUGAUGUGGGAAGAUGGAUUCUGCCGAGGAAGAGUUACAGAUUGUUUGGAAGAGAUUGAUGGAGAAGAUCCAGUGAGGAAAGCUUUCAGCAAAAUGUCCAUUCAGUUAUAUAAUUAUGGAGAAGGGUUAAUGGGAAAGGUUGCAUCAGAUAAGUGCCAUAAAUGGGUAUUCAAAGAACCAACAGACUGCGAACCCAAUAUCUCCAAUUAUUGGCAGAGUUCUUUUGAUGCUCUUCCUCCUGAAUGGACUGAUCAAUUUGAGUCAGGCAUUCAGACUAUUGCUGUGAUUCAAGCUGGUCAUGGUCUUCUCCAGUUGGGUUCCUGCAAGAUUAUACCUGAAGACCUCCAUGUUGUGCUAAGAAUGAGGCAUACCUUUGAAUCUCUUGGCUAUCAAUCUGGUUUCUAUCUCUCUCAGUUGUUUUCGUCAAACAGAAACAGUUCCUCUUCGUCUACAAUGCCUUCGAAGCAGUCUGCCAUUCCAACCCGGCCUCCUCCUCCUCUCUUCAACUGGAACCAGAGGCAGCUUCCACCAGCGACUCCAAUGCUUGCUUCACCUAAUUUUCAGAACCCGGGUAGACUUGGAUUUCCGCAGGCCAAAGAUGAGACCCACAUGUUUCUCCUGCCUCAUUCAUCUGAAACCCGAAUGGAAGAUAUGAUUGGUGAGCAUGAAAAUGACGUAAAAUGGCCUAAUGGGUUAACUUUCUUCAAUGCUCUCGCUGGACGAACUGAAGAUGCCAAGCUUUUAUUUAACCCGGAGAGCUUAAGAAACAAACCAGACCAAAACCACCAUCCACUUAUUCUUGAAGGAAAAGAUUCUAAUCAAAAUCCAGAUGCUGGUGCAAACCCCAACGAGUUCUUGAGCUUCGACAGUCAUCCAGAGAACAUUAGGAAGAUGGAAAACAAGUUUAAGAGGAGCUUUACAUUACCUGCAAGAAUGGCUACAUCUUCAUCUUCGACAUCAAUAGAGCAUCGCCAACAUCAACCUGUGGAGUAUAGGAACAACGAGGCAGGGAUGUACACCGAUGUUAUGCCAAACUUCUUGGAAUGAAAUUUAGAAGGUUUGUAUUAGAGGGACAAUAGGAUGAGAAUUUGUUUGUAGUCCAAGGUUGUGUUCCUUGGUUGCUGAAAUUCCUAUGUUUGUUUUAAUGUCCUUUUACAUCUGUCUCUUUAAUCCAUUAAACCGAACUUUCUAAUCAGUUGUUGUAGUUUUUUCUAACAUAAGAUUUGCCCUUUAGGUUUCCUUUGAACAUUCACCCUAAAAUUUGAACUAGAAUAAUGUCUCUUUACUGUUGUUCAAAAGCUGCAAAUGCUGCACUCACAAGCAUCAGGAUUUUCAAUGAAAUUCUAGGGGGAAUGCGUUCAUGGAUCCAAGGCAAGUCAGCAAGAUUCAU